AUGAGUGAGCUAGAGCUAAGUGUCAUUAAAAAUCGUUCUACUGGAAAAUCAUGGCUUCGAAUGCCUCUUGCAAAGAACACCAUCUCAGCGAGAUAUUUGAUCGCAAUUCUUUUUUUAACCCUUGUCUGCAUUGGUGCAUUUUUGUCUACCCGUUUGCUUGAUUACUAUUACGUACCUCAGCAAAAUGUUGUUACUGUUUCUGGCAUCCAUGCAUCUGACGCGGAAUUACGGACUGGCGGGUUCCCCAGAAAUCCCCUGAACCAGUCAAGUAUCCAAGAACUUGAAAUUGGAUUCCCGCUAAAUUGUUCAUUUGGUCAAGAAACACAAGUAUGCCUGGGCAAUUAUUAUCCGGUCAAUUUUUACAAAAAGGAUCCCGACACGUCAUCAACAUCGGCCCCACCAACCACGUGUCCGGAUUACUUCCGUUGGAUCCACGACGAUCUAUGGCCGUGGAGAGAGACCGGGAUUACGGAAGACAUGGUGAGAAGGGCCGGCGCGACGGCUAACUUCCGGCUGGUUAUACUGAACGGGACGGCGUAUCUGGAGACGUACGACAGAUCGUUUCAGACACGAGACAGAUUUACGCUUUAUGGGAUUUUGCAAUUGUUGCGGAGGUACCCAGGUCAACUCCCCGAUUUGGACUUAAUGUUUGACUGCGAUGACCUUCCGGUCGUCCGUAAAGAAUCCCACAGCGCUCCUGGAGCUCCGGCCCCUCCUCCCGUGUUCCAUUAUUGCAGGGAUGAUUCCACGUUGGACAUUGUUUUCCCGGAUUGGUCAUUCUGGGGAUGGCCUGAAAUCAAUGUCAAGCCUUGGCGGACUCUGUCAAAGGAUCUACAAGAUGCGAAUAAGAGAAUUAGUUGGGUGAAUCGGGAGCCAUAUGCUUGGUGGAAAGGCAAUCCACACAUGGGCCAAUCAAGGCCGGAUUUGAUGAAAUGCAAUGUUUCAGACAAAGAGGACUGGGGCGCCCGUCUUUAUAAUCAGGACUGGAUUGAAGAGACAAAACAGGGGUUCAAUCAAUCUGAUCUUUCAAACCAAUGCACUCACAGAUACAAGAUUUACAUUGAAGGAGCUUCGUGGUCCGUCAGCGAGAAAUACAUUCUUGCCUGUGAUUCCCUGACGCUACUGGUCACGCCCCGAUACUUUGAUUUUUUCACGAGAAGUUUGAUGCCGUUGAAACACUAUUGGCCUAUAAAGGACCAUGACAAAUGCAGGUCGAUAAUGCAUGCUGUUGACUGGGGAAAUAGUAAUAAGGAAACGGCACAGUUUAUCGGCAAGGCCGGAAGUGAUUUCAUUCGGGAAAACCUGAAAAUGGAUUAUGUGUAUGACUACAUGUUUCAUCUGCUAAGCGAAUACGCUAAGCUUCUGAAAUACAAGCCAAGUGUUCCCCCAAAAGCAGUGGAACUCUGUUCAGAAUCAAUGGCUUGCCCGGCACCAGAAUUGGAGCAAAAGUUCAUGAGAGAGGCGUUGGUUACAGGCCCAACAAGUGAAAAACCAUGUGUCAUGCCUCCUCCAUAUGAUGCUGCAACUCUUCAGUCAUUUCUUACGGGCAAACAAAAUGCGUUCAAGCAAGUCGACGAGUGGGAAAAACACUUUUGGGAUAACUGGAAUACUACGACUUAG